UUAGUCGAAUUCAUUGAAAACAUCCUUUCUUCCUGUCUUGCUGGCGACCUUGGGCGUCGCCAGUGCAAGCCAACUGUCGACACAAGCAGUUAGCCGGGAUUGAUCAGCGUGGGGGGUGGCUUUGUCAGUGUGAAGGAGGAUCGCGGACAGCAGUUAUCUUGCAUGCUGAGUCCCUCGACUUUUAUCGAGCAGAUCUGGAGAACCUUGAUGGUCAGCUAACAGUCUAAGACAGUAAGGGCUGUUGCUGGUGGUUCACAGUCCGGAUAGAGGAGCGCUAGCAGGGGUCCAUGGCGGGGCACGCGUCGGCGCCUGUGCGCGGCAGCCUUGCCGCAGAGCUUCAAGAAUUUCUAUGGUCUUCGACGAGCCAGUUUCUCAGACGUGCCCGACCUAAACCGCGAGCUCACUGAAUACCACACUUGGUUCAAGACAAAUACGGACGCCCCAGCGCACACAUCCACUCCACCACACCCUACCCCUCACACACCGCAAUGGGCUCCGUCGUCCUCCCCCACCUGCGCACAGGCUGGCACGUCGACCAAGCGAUCCUCAGCGAAGAAGACCGACUCGUCGUGAUCCGCUUCGGCCGCGACUCAGACUCCGACUGCAUGCGCCAAGACGAAGUGCUCUACAAGAUCGCCGACCGCGUGAAGAACUUCGCCGCGCUGUACGUGUGCGACCUCGACGAGGUGCCCGACUUCAAGGCCAUGUACGAGCUGUACGACCCCUGCACCGUCAUGUUCUUCUUCCGCAACAAGCACAUGAUGUGCGAUUUCGGCACGGGUAAUAAUAAUAAGCUCAACUGGGUGCUCGAGGAUAAGCAGGAGUUGAUUGAUAUUAUUGAGACGGUGUAUCGUGGGGCGAAGAAGGGGAGGGGCUUGGUGGUCAGUCCGAAGGAUUAUUCGACGAGGUAUCGCUAUUAGCGGGUACGCUGGGUGCGGGUUUUGGAAGAGGCGUUGAGGUACAGAGGCGCGGAUUUCAUCUUGGAGUUUACAAUGCUACGGCAUGGGCAUCAGAGUGGCGUUUUAGGGACACGAGAGUGCAAUGGCAGAUUGACAAGCCACCUUCUACUUACGUUGAAAUGAAUCCUUGGUUCACGGCGAAUGUUGAAAGGUUCGUUUCGUUUCAUCAUCGCACCGCAUUUGUGAGGCUUUGAUUGGAGCUGUACAUGUGAUUCUUGUUUCGCAUGCAAGCUGGGUAAUGGAGUACUCCUGGAGUUUGCGCAAGGGCAGUCGAGUAAACUUGCGUUGCCGGAUGGUUCACCCUAUUUAGCUGGAAUUGCAGUUC